AUGGCUCAUACACAGUCUGAUGAAACCUCCUCUACCUCUAAAUCUAUUCCCACUGUUCCGAUUCAGUCUAAGCCCACAUACAUGGUCAAAGCUAUUCAUGGUCAAACUCUUAUAGCUUUUAAUGUUGCAUCUCAAGCACCAUUGAAACUAACAGACUCAACAUAUUUUCCCUGGCAUGCACAAUUCGAUUCUCUCCGCAAUGCUUAUGAUUUAUAUGGCUAUCUAGAUGGCUUUACUCCUUAUAAUUUACUGUUGAAUGCUUUGCAAGCUUCUCUUACACCUAAAAUCUCCCACUUGGUCUCUGGCGCUAAAACAUCUGCUGAAGUAUGGACAAAGUUGGCCACCCAAUUUGCCAAACUGUCUCGUUCUCAUAUCAUGAGUUUAAGGCAACGACUCAUCAAACAGCAAGGACAUCGUUCAGUUUUAGAAUAUUUACUUGAUAUUAAGACUGCCGCUAACGAACUAGCACUACUCCACAUGCCGGUCAUAGAUGAGGACCUCAUUCUUUAUGUUCUCAAUGGACUUGCUCUAGAUUUUAAAGAUAUUUCGACUGCUUUUCGAACCCGUGAUAAUUCUGUCUCGUUCGAUGAUCUUCAUGAAUAA